GAAGCUGUCCAGCGGUGAACAGCAGCGGCUCCUGUUACGACCCAAAAGGAUUCUUCACCAUGGGCAGGUUUGCUAAUGUGUGGAUGCCCAUUUAUGGGCUUCUGACCACCGUCCUAGCCACGGAACUGAUUCCACCGAGCCAAGAUCCCUGGUACGCAGCACCACCCGGAUUCGAAAGCAAAGCCCCGGGAACAAUCCUGCGCACUCGCCAGGCGCCCCCAAACAUCACCGCUCUCGCCAACAACUCAGUAGAGGCGCACCAGCUCUUGUUUCGCUCAACAGACACCCUAUACAGGCCGUCGUGGGCAGUGACGACUGUUUUCCUCCCAACCGAGGAGAGCAGAGCUGGCAGGAACAAACCCGCGUUGCUCUCCUAUCAGAUACCCUACAACACUCUUGACGUUGACCAGAGCCCGAGCUAUGGCCUCUCGACCAUAUACGGAGAGAACAUCAUGGCCGACGUCCGACAAGGUCUAAGUCAGGGUUGGAUCGUGAGCGUGCCGGACUUUGAAGGACCCGAGGCGGCAUUCUCCGCGGGGCCUCAGGCCGGCCAUGCAGUCCUCGACUCUGUGCGAGCUGUCCUGUCCUUCACCAAUCUCACGGAGCCAGACAGCGCACGCUAUGCGCUCUGGGGCUACUCGGGCGGCGCAUUCGCCAGCGGCUUUGCGGGCGAGCUGCAGGCCUCGUACGCGCCCGAGCUCGACAUUGCCGGCAUAGCCAUCGGAGAGGCGCGGCAAUACUUGGUCGAUCACCUCCACAAGGAGGGGACACAUAACGCGACCAGCUUCCUCAGUGCGUUGCACAUCCCGGCCGCGGAAGCAAUUGCUCUUUUCUCUGGUCAGGACAUAUUUGGUUAUUUCACCAACGGCGACGAGAUCAUGAGAGCACCUGAGCUGGCCCGGGUGUUUGGUAACAACUGGCAUGAGAGCUAUCACGGCAUUCCCCAGAUGCCGGUGUAUGCAUACAAGGCGAUACAUGACGAGAACACCAACAUUCGAACUACAGAUGAACACGUAGCCAGGAUAUGCGGUGUUGGGGCAAACGUUCUGUAUGACAGAAAUACAGUUGGAGGUCACGAGGAUGAGGCUAUAAGUGGUGGUAGAAGAGCAUUGAAGUGGCUUUCCGAUGCCUUGGACGGACGGCAACUUGAACCUGCAAAUGGCUGCAAAGUUCAGAACGUGACAGUGGGUGUUUCGCUGUGAAAUACCAUGGAGGAUUAUUGCUGCAGCGUUGUAGGAGGACCUUUGAAUGGUGAAUGCAAGGGUUCGCCGAUAUACUUAGUAUUACUAAUGCAGUAUAGACUGGCUUUGUUGU